UGGUAGCAAUCCUAGUAUCAAAUAUAUGAUUUCGACAGAAACAAACCAUCAAACAUGUAUUAAUUAUCAGAAGUUAUGUAUAUAACGUUUUACAGUUUUGCUUAUUUGUAAAAUGUUUUAUUAUUAGAGAUUUAUCUGUUCUUCGAGGAAUUUGAAUGAAAGGUAGAAUUAAGGCUUAAAAUUUUUAGGAGAACCAUAGAAAUUCUUAAAUUGUACUUGUUAUGUAUCAAAUAUGUCAUCAUCAAAACAGUAUCAUAUUAGAGAAAAUACAGAUCAUAAACAAUUUCAUUCCAUAAGUAGUGCUGAAGAAAAUGAGUCGGGCUCUGAGGAUGAAAAUGUACCUAUUAUGUAUCAAUACGAAACAUAUGAAUGUGUGGAGAAAACAGUAAAACGAAGAGGCCAUCUUCCCAAAGAUUCUGUUAAAAUUCUAAAAAACUGGUUAUAUGAACAUCGGUUUAAUGCAUAUCCGACUGAAAUAGAGAAACACAUUUUAUCACAAGAGACUAACUUAACUGUAUUACAAAUUAGUAAUUGGUUUAUAAAUGCGAGGCGUCGAUAUUUACCAGAAAUGAUGCGUAGGGAAGGUUAUGAUUCUAUGCAUUAUACAAUUACAAGACGCAGAAGAGCCUCCUCCAGAAGAAGUAAUGGAGAAAUUUAUCAGAAAAACUCUAAAGUAAUGCGAAUGGAAAGAAUGGAUGGUGGAAGUGAGGAAAGUCAUUCUGAUUAUGAAGUAGAUAGAAGUGAAUAUAUUGGAGAACAUUUAGAAAGUGAGAUGAAUAGUAGAGAGAAAUUUAAUCCAUGGAAUACAGAUAUACAUUAUGGACUUACUGUUAAUCCAGGUGAAAGGAGGUAA